AUGGGUGUGGUCAUCCCUCUCGUGGCGGUGACUGCAUUUUGGUUACUCAUUGGCAUUGGUGGUCCAUUCCUUGUUCCCAAAGGACCCAACAGGGGAAUCAUUCAGACUAUGAUCAUCAUGACUGCCGUCUGCUGCCAUCUUUUCUGGAUCAUGAUAUACCUGCAUCAACUCAAUCCUCUCAUUGGGCCCCAAAUCAAUGUGAAAACUAUCCGUUGGAUCUCCUUGAAGUGGGGCGACUCUCCAAAUCCUGUUCCACUUGGGUCGUAA